GAAACGUAGUUAAUCACCUCGAGACGAACGGCAGAACGACAAGAUGGCGGAGUGAGUGGGUUGCGCUUUGGAAAGAAAGUGGCAACUCGUUCUAUUUCUUUGAUAUUGCAACAGAUAAGGAUACUUAGUUUAUGUAUGUUUAAAUCAUCAGAAUAUAACCUUCAUCAGAGGAUAAAAUUGCCCCUCUAUUUGAGGUGGUUUGGAGAACGCGUCGAAAAUAGGACUGUACGAAAACUGUCCUUCUACUCUGCUAGAGGCUAGCUAGCUUAGCGAGUUUAUGGCGUGCUAUUAGCCAACGUUAUUGGAAAACUGGAAGUUAGUCGAUUGGAUGUAAGGUCAAUAACCGCGUCGUCGAAACACACAUUGGGGCAGAGAUUACUUAUAUUUGCCCCAGAUGAGCCUAAUUAUCAGAAUUUAAUGAUUGUAAGUAAUAGUAACUUAGAUUCCAGAUAGAUAGCAACUGUUUGUUAGCUAACUAGCAUUGUUUCAACCGAACUGAAUCGAACAAUAGACCGAUAGCUGUAUGUUCCUAAAGUAAUCGCUUGCUAGUAAUAAGCAGAUUAGGGGCACUUUUUUGAUUAGAAGACGCCGUCAUUUUACUUCGGUUAAGUGUUUCUAGGAACUCGAAAGACAUGGCUAGUAGCAGUGGUUCUAAGGCCGAAUUUAUAGUCGGUGGGAAAUACAAGCUUGUCCGAAAAAUUGGAUCAGGAUCAUUUGGUGACAUUUACUUGGCAAUCAACAUCACAAACGGAGAGGAGGUCGCUGUAAAACUGGAGUCGCAGAAAGCCAGACACCCACAGCUCUUGUAUGAAAGCAAGCUAUAUAAAAUUCUUCAGGGGGGAGUUGGGAUUCCACACAUCAGGUGGUAUGGCCAAGAAAAGGACUAUAACGUUCUAGUGAUGGAUCUCCUGGGUCCCAGUCUGGAGGAUCUCUUUAACUUUUGCUCUCGCAGAUUCACAAUGAAAACAGUUCUUAUGCUUGCAGAUCAGAUGAUCAGCAGAAUUGAGUAUGUGCACACAAAAAAUUUCAUCCACAGAGAUAUCAAGCCAGACAACUUUUUAAUGGGUAUUGGCCGUCACUGUAAUAAGUGUUUAGAAUCUCCAGUGGGGAAGAGGAAAAGAAGCUUGGCUGUUAGUUCUUCUCAGGACCCAUCUUUCUCAGGAUUAAACCAGUUGUUCCUCAUUGACUUUGGCUUGGCCAAAAAGUACCGAGACAACAGGACACGACAGCACAUUCCUUACAGAGAAGACAAAAACCUCACAGGCACUGCUCGCUAUGCCAGCAUCAAUGCACACCUGGGCAUUGAGCAGAGUCGCCGGGAUGACAUGGAAUCGCUAGGCUACGUGCUGAUGUACUUCAACAGAACCAGCCUGCCCUGGCAAGGAUUGAAGGCUGCCACAAAGAAACAGAAGUACGAGAAGAUUAGUGAGAAGAAAAUGUCAACUCCUGUCGAAGUGUUGUGUAAGGGUUUUCCAGCAGAGUUUGCCAUGUACCUGAAUUACUGUCGUGGGCUGCGUUUUGAGGAAGCACCUGACUACAUGUACCUGCGUCAGCUGUUCCGCAUUCUCUUCAGGACUCUGAACCACCAGUAUGACUACACAUUUGACUGGACCAUGCUGAAGCAGAAAGCAGCACAACAGGCGGCAUCCUCAGGGGGACAGGGGCAACAGGCACAAACCCCCACAGGCAAGCAAACUGACAAACCCAAGGGUAACAUGAAAGGUUUCUAAGCAUUAAGGUGAUUUAAUGAAGCAGAGCAGAAGAGUGGUUGUAGCAGGAUUUGCCUUCCAACCAUACCUUGGCAUCUCGGAUUAAUUUCACCAAAACCUGCCAGGCACUGUGGGGCAACCCUUAUCCUGUUAAGAACUUUUUGUUUCAUAAACUACAUAUGUAAUCGGCAUAUAUAGAUAAAAUGCUCUGCAUAUAUCUAUAUAUUGGUAUGUAUAUACUAUAUCCAUAAAGAGAGCAAGCUUGGUAUGGAAUUUGAAGCUGUAGCCUUUUCUAUCCUGUCCCUGAAGACUUUUUCCCCUUAUCUUUUUCUUCAAAAUUUAAGACUUUAGAAAAUGAUUGAUUCUCUGAGGAUAUAAUUGUGCACAUGCCAAUAUUUUCCUGGAGUUUUCUCAUUAAGGUCAAUGGCUUGGGUUCCCACCUCAUUCUUGUAUUAUGUCACUGGUUGUCAAACACAUUCUUCAGAUGGGAAACAUUUUUCUCCUGUUUUUUUCCCCCUUUGUUAAGCAAAGUUGAAAAGAUGUAUGACUAAAUCUGUUUUGCUAUAAAGAAAUCCUGUCUAUUACUAAGCAGACAUUGUUCUUUUUCCUCUUAAAAGGUAAUUAAGGUUCUGCCUGCUGAUCUGUGCUAGAAGAGCUUCUAAUGUGAAGAUAAAAAAAUUCUAGUGACUACUAGAUUCCUCUUUAGAACGCUGCAUUAACUGUUAUUGUACUUGAUAUUCUGAAGUCAAAAAAUUAAUAAAAGAAUGAAAAUCCA